AUGCUUCCAGCCAGGUCAAUUCGUGUUAAUUGGUCUGCCCAGCCCUGCCCCACACGUUACGCCUAUGUCUUGCCAGCCACCUCCACAGCCUGUCAUCUUUUCCUGCUUUGCUUGACUCAACCAGCCACCUCUUUCCAAUCCCCUCUCCUAUCUCGAAAGCCUUCCGUCAUAGUACUGGGCGCCUCGCUCUGCUUCACCUUCUUACGCCAACAUCAAUACGUCCUCGCAUUUAUCCCUUUCAUCAUUUGCUUCAGCCUGAGUUACCUCACAAAUCGACGCUGGAAGUGCUGCAUUGCACUCCGCAGCACGCAACUGAGGACGAUCGUCAACGGCGCUCAAUGCUACGCUACAUGGUUGAAGAAUCUGGGUUUUGUCAAAACUGCUCCGUACUUCUGCCGCGCCAUCACCAUCGCAGAUCGGAAGCCUAUGGGAAUUGAGCUGCCAAAACUAGCCAUUGCUGCGACGUAUCUCUGGGGCCAAGGCUGCCCAACCGCUACAUCUAAAGCCUGGGAGGGCAAUGCUAUGGGUACCUUAGCUCCCGCCUCGUCCUCACCCCUGUCGCCCAUUAUCCCAAAUGCUCCUGCUGUGGUCGAAUGGAGCGACAUCGCGUCCAGGCCUCGAGCUCCUCACUACCUCGCUGACCCGCACCCAUCCUCCGUCCAGCUGAACUUGCUCUUCAAUGAAGAGCAAAACACUGUGUCCUUCAAAAUCCGGGUUUGGCUCUAUUUUGAGCAGCCAUCGGGUGGCGAGAGGAAGGAAUAUGUCUACAUCCGCGUUCAUCCCGAAAAUGUCCAUUUGCUCCUUCCGGACGCAACACAUCAUCUCCCAGAAGGGAUUGCUGCUGCAGUGCGCGGUCCUACAGCGUAUUUUCACCUCGUGUUGAACAAACCUGUUUCGAUCCUAGCUCCUUUUGAUGCCCCUGUACCGCUCCGAUCGGAACGCAGUUCUCAGCUUCUGGAUUCCUUAGAAGAGCUGAGUCGGCAAACUGUUCUGGGUAUCCACAUCGGCCAACACAUCAUCUCUGAUCCAGAUGUGGUGCGACGAAUAUGUGACGCAUUUACUAGUGGCUCAAUAAAGCAGCAUCCGAGGCAUGAUUCUCUGCGCGAUUUCUACAGAGGUCGUGGUGCUAGAGUAGUCCAACAACUCGUUGGCUCUGCAGUAUCUGGAAGCGAAAAGCCGGGAAUGAGGACGGAGGAACACGGGGCGGAUGGCCAUCCCGCGAGUCCUCCUCCGUACCCAGAACCUCUUGACCUGCCGCCCCCCUCGCUCUUCGCACAACAUUCCCGGAAGAAGCGGCAGCGCGUUUGCGCCGAACUUUUCGCUCAACAGAAAGCACAGACCACGGAGUUCGUCUUGUGGCAGCAAGCUCAGAUGUCGAAGUUUGUCGAGCAACAGCAAGCGCAGACGCAUCAUAUUCUUGGUCGCAUGGAUCAUGCAGUACAAUGCAUGGAGAGCCGGAUCAUCGGACGGGUCGAGAAGCAUCUCCGCGACGAGUCAGAUAAGACAGAUGACCAAGAUUCUAAGAGACAAGAGUGGGGGCAGCUCAUACAAAAUCUUGUUGAGAAAAGCAUCGUCAAUCUGGAGUUGCAGCUAGAGGCUAGCCUUGAGGCAAAUCUGGAACGUGGGAGGGAAGACCUCAAGUGUGAGCUUAAGAAUGAAUGCCUUGACGAGCUGAAGGACGAUCUACAAGAGGGCUUAGUAACCGGGGUGGUUGCCAAGUCGGAGCCUGACUAG